AUAAUAGUAUCCUAAAUCCUGGUGACCAGUCAGUCGGUUCCUGUUGGUAUCAGUGAAGCACGAAAGACAUCCUACAAAUGAAUGAAAAGGCAUUGGACUUUGACCUAGCGAGCGAGCGAUUGUCCUCGCUGUUUGUCAUGAUCGUAUGAGUCUCAUUCUUCCGUGGGACCCUAUUAAGAGCAGUGCCUAGCUAUUUCUGUCCGCUGACGCUCUCCCACCGGCCUCUGGUAGCUUGUGAUUCGUUGUGAAUGAAUGAAUGAAUGGGCUUGGGGGUGAAGCGAGCAAGCAAGGGUGGGUUGGAGAGAGAGGACUGUGGGACAUAUCCGUGAGUUGAGUCGACGCUGCACUGUGGUCAUUGUAUUGGUGAGCCAUCAUAGAAGCAGGAUCUCUCAUAACAAGCUCCUGAGCUGAGUGUAAUAUCUUGGAUCAAACAACAAUGUACAUGUACUUGAACUUGAAGAAUAUAUUUUAAGCAACAAACAUUUAGUUGUCACUGACCUGCAUUGCUGUUGGAACAGACUUUUGUGAUAUAUAUUCUGACAGAGAUAUAAUCUUUCUGUCACAAUAUCAAUAAAAUUGACACAUAAUCUUGAGGAGAUAGUAAAGAGCGCUGAAAAUAAGUAUUUAUGGGAGACGGUUAUUUUACAUCAGACAGUAUGGGGAGUGAGGUGGAUCAAAAGAAAUCUGUGCUUUUGCCAGCCAUCCAAUCCCUAGACUCCCUCAAUGAUCAGAUCGUUCAGUUCAUCUUCACCCCAAAGUCAGCAGAAUGCGACGUUAGCGGAGCCGGCACAGGUGAAAGCCUCAAGCCUCUCGAGCGCGACUCGUUGAAGUCUAACCUCGCGCUGAUGCGGAGACUUCUCGUCGAUGCGCAGGCCAAGUUUCACCGUAUGAUGGACGAUAAUAAAAAACUUGCAGCAAAGAUUGAUAACUCAUUACAGAAUGCUAACCAUGAAGUAGAUUCAUUAAGAGAAGAGCUUGCUGAUACCAACAAGAGAUUGAGUCACAUGAGUACCGAUUCUUCCCCCACCACACCCGACAACGACCAAGAUAACAAAGAAUGGCAGAAGCAGCAGGAUCAGCAUAACCUGCAGAAGCUGAAAGACAAGUGUGCCAGGCUGGAGAUGGAGAACAAGUGUCUUCUGAAGCAGGUGGAUGAUGCUCACAUCCUGGAGCAAGACCAGGAUGAGGUCCCCAAUGCCCAAGAUCUUAAGAUCCAGCUUACCCAGACGGAGCAUGAGCUAGCAAGGGCCAAGGAAGCACUUACAGCAAUGAAAGCAGAUAGGAAGCGGCUAAAGAGCGAGAAGGUGGACCUUCUGAACCAGAUGAAGCAGCUCUACUGCACUCUGGAAGCCAAGGAAGAAGAGAUGAGGGACUUCAUCCGUAACUACGAGCAACGGAUGACAGAGAGUGAUGCCAGCCUCAAUAAGAUUGUGGCAGAGAAGGAGGAGGUGGAGAAGGAUCGCUGGGAGAUCCUGAAGAGGGCGAGGGAGGCGGCAGAGAGAUCGGUGGCGCUCAGGGAACAACUGGAUAAGAAGGAGAAGGAGAAUGAAUGCUUGGAAGAAGAACUGGAGAAGGUGAGAAGACAACUCAUAUCGGAGAGGAAUGCCCCUCGGAUCAUGCUGAGCAACUCUAGCAGUGUGACUGACUCCAUGGUGCUAGCUUCCCACUGCAGAGACGGCUCCAUUGGUUCAGAUAGCGUCAUCUCGCAAGGCCCUGAAGGAGGGGACGUCAGCAACGCAGGAUCGGACCUUCCAGAAACCCCACCCCUCUCGGCUCGUAGCGGCCGCAAUACACAUUCUUUCAUUUCAGUUCAAGAAUAUUCAGAUAAUACUUCAGCCGACAGCGAAAGCCGCGAGUUCCUGCUGUCACCGGCCGAGCAGCUCUCCAGGUCUUCUGAGGAACUAUGCAACCUUGAAACAGCUUCAGUGACUUCUUCCAGGGAACGCUUCAAGAAGAGAAAACAGAAGAAGUUCAACUCGCUCUCCAAGAUAUUUGGCAAGAAGAAUCGUGCAACACUGGAACAAAUAGUAUUUGAUGACACAAAUCUCUCAAGUUCGCGGCACAGCAGCACCUUGGAGCUCUUCUCCCUGGAUGAACAGGAGAAAGCAAGACUGGCGGAGAAAUGCAAGUCAACCCCGAUGUCACAGUGGAAGGCAAACAUGGUGGUGGCUUGGUUAGAACUGACUAUGUGCCUUCCACAGUACAGCAAGGCAUGUGCAGAGAACAUCAAGAGUGGCAAGGUUCUGCUGGGUCUUUCAGACAGUGAGUUAGACACAGGGAUGGGUGUAACCAACGUGCUACAUAGACGGAAACUCAGGCUUGCCAUCGACCAGAACAAAGUGCCUAGUGAUUGCAAAUUUCCCAAAGCAGCUGAUCUUGACCAUUGCUGGGUAGCCAGGACGUGGUUGAAUGACCUUGGUCUGGCCCAGCACUCACUGGUCUUUGAGUCAGAGAGAGUGGACGGUCGAGUCCUGUCCACUCUGAACAAGAGAGACCUGGAGAAAUACCUCAAGGUCACCAGGAAGUUCCACCAAGCCAGUCUCCUGCAUGCCAUCGAACUGAUGAGGAUGCUCAAGUUCCACAAAGUGAUGCUAGCAGAGAGAAGAACACAAAGUGAGGACAUUGAUAUGGAUCCCUUAGUCUGGACUACACGGAGGGUCAUGAAGUGGGCCAGAUCAAUAGACCUCAAUGAGUAUGCAGAGAACCUGGUAGACAGUGGGGUACAUGGUGCCCUGAUGGUUCUAGAACCUUCCUUUGAUUCUGAUGCCAUGGCCAAUGCACUAGGAAUCCCAUCAAGCAAGAACAUCAUCAGAAGACAUCUCACAACAGAACUCAAUGCAUUGGUCUUACCAGCUAGAGCUGCCUUACAGCCAGUCAAUGGUACAAUGGAUGCGAGACACAGACGAGCCAGCGCUGGGGCUCUGGGAGGAGGAGGAGGAUUCCAAAGGUCGUAUAAUAGUAACGGAGAGAGCAGGAGUAAACCCACAUUCAGGGGCUCACUUGGACGAGCUCUCGGACGGAAGCUUCGUCAGGAUAUGAACACUUACGGCUCGACCUUUGGUGCCAUGCCAGAACAAAUCCGCUCAAAAUCACGCAGCCAGGAAUUCACCCAAGAGAGCACCAUAGUAUAGGGCUCCCUCUUGUGACUCGCCAUGUGGUAAUUUGCAAAGACUAUACCAUAGCUGACCUAUAGACCUAUUUUGCCUUUCAUGUGGAUAUUAGGAGUGACUCCAGAUUGUGCUAUACUUUGUGUGGAGGUGAACAAACUAUUGACAAAGUCAGGAGGAAUUUAAAAACACUUGCCAAAAGUAAGAAGAUGACUGCAUUUUUGGAACGGGAAAGAAAGAUGGGAGGAACUUGGGUAGUGCUGCAUUAUGGAAGAGCGGAGCAGAAAUGGAAACAAUAUUCAUAGUUGCCAAUUUGAAGAUUGCAGCGAUUGAGAUGUGACAGAUAUAGCAGUGGUAUGAAGAUGCUGAAAAGAAAGGGAAAUGGAGCACUAAAUGAUUUAUAUGAAUUUGAAAUACAUGUAAUUGGAAUGGAUCUGAAGCCAUCAAAAGAAUUUCACCCUAUUGAGAGAAGCAAGUAAGAGGAAAAGGCAUUCUGCAAACUGUGAUAUUGAAAGCCGUUAGCCACUUUGAUGAUCAUGGAGACUAUACACAAAAUAAAAAAGCUCUGGUGUUAUUGAAUGAUAAUCUGUCUUCAGUUUUGCAUAUUGAAUGCAACCUUCGGAGAGGACUUAAAGCCGUCGGUCCUCUGGUUGCUUGCUUACAAGCAUACACAUACUUUCUUAGCAGUCAGGUAAACCAAACCUACAUGUGUAUGAAUUACAUUGAUAAGUGUAGGAAUGGAAUGAUCAUGGCACAAACUAUCAUCUUGGACUUAUAGCCUGGACUUAUAGCCUACAUGAACAUGUAUGUGCUCCCACCCAAAGAAACUUAGAUACAUGUUAGUUAUCUCAGGAUGUAUUCAUAGUCUUCAUCUCCAGGUGUUUCAUUAGACAAAAUGUCUAAUUUGAAUACUACUUUCAUCUCUUAGACUUGCGAUCCAGAUACUUAAUUCAUCUGUACAUAUACAGAGAUUACCAUCUAUGCAGUUCAUUGUUGAGAGUCGUUUUGUGUGAAUAAUAAUUUUCAGAGUAUUAUAUUUGUUGGAUGAGUGAGUUUGUAUUUUGACUGCCAAAAAUAGAAUGGAGUGUGAUGAGUGAAGUGUAAGCUGGAAUUUAACCUGGUGUCACAAACAUUUUGGAUAUAUCUAACCCAUCGCCUGUAUUUAAUCUAAUAGACUGGGAGAAUUUGGUAGCCGAUGGCUUAAGCAAUGGAGACCCAUUGAGAUGUAUAUUAUUUUUUGAAAAUACAUUGGGGGGUAAAGAUUGGUUCAAGCAUCUAGAAGGUAUGAGAUUGAAGAAAAUGCAUUGGUUAAUGUUAAUUCAUUUGAAAAUAAAUGUCUAAAUUUAAAAUAGAAUUAAUAUUGAUACCGAGAUAGAAUUAUUUUGAUUUUAAAGUUCUUCUCUGAACUAUAAAAUAUGCGAUUAUUUGCAUUUUCUUUCCUUGAAUCUUGAACCUUGAAUUUCUAACUAUUAAAGUCAGCAAUCAAAAACUUAUGGCACUCGCUUAACACUUUACAAGUUACUUACCCUCAUGUCUCGUUUAAAAAUACUUGAUUUCUUGACAACCAUCCGAAUAUUUGUCAGUAUACAGUGAGUGUUGAACAUGCUAGUUGUGUGUAUAUAUUUUGUUACAUUUCAGCAUUGCUAGAUUUUAUGUGAAUUUGAUGCAUUUUGAGUUAUGUUUAUGUGCAAUUUACGUCUUAAGUUUGACAUUGUGAUAUCGAAAUAUUAUUGUAUUAAAACCUUUUUUUUGUACACCCUGUUAUGAAUGAUGAUCCAUAUUGAAAGGGGUGAUACUUUAUUUGAUAUUGAAAAUUUCAUACGCCAAGGAAAUAAGAAACGGACACACUUACAGACACAUGCAUUGUAGUAAAUGAAGAGAGCACUUCAAGCAGCAUUAGUCAAAGGAAUUAUAUUUUGUCACCCCUAUUUUUACCUGUUUGAAGAGAUUCAUGCACAUGUUUUUGCACAAGAUUUUAUAAUUUUUGGUUUAUGUGACGCUGCUGAAAUUUCAGCUGUUUUUUCAAAGCACGCGUUUCGUUUUCUUGAUAAAAGAUUGUUUCAUUCUUAUGAAAUUGAUUUUCUGCACUCCCAUGUAGACCGAGGUAUAAUCUGAGAUUGAGUUUGUGAAGCAAUAAAUGUAGCAAGUAAAUGGUUAGCCAAAAUAAGUGAGACGUUUUGAGUAAAAUACAUCCUUAGAUGGAUAUUACAUAAGAGUCCAAUUUUUUUGGGGGAGAGAGAGAUAGAGAUCGAUCACCGAGUUCUAAUGCAUCCUCCUCAAAUGGUCUUUCAUUUGUCAUGUUAACAUUCAAUUUCAUUCUUUUUCUUUUCCAAAGAGAGCAUUAUUUUGUUUCAUCGUAUCCUUCCCUUCUUUCAUUUAAUGGCUUUCAUACAAUUUGUUUUGGUUUUUUCCUAUUGUGUUGAAGAUGUUUUGUUUUGGGGGGUUCAUCAUUUUCAAUUAAUGGGACUUUAUACAUUGUAUGUAUAAAGAGCAAAUGCAUUUGGGUUAUUUUCAAAAGUGCACCAACUUUGGUGUAUGCUGUCCUGAUGUAGAAAUCAUGCAUUAUCAUGAUUUUCGACAGCUGCCGACAGCAAGUGUUUAAUUAUUUUGGGGUGUAUGUUUGUAAAUUGGCAAUAUUUUUCUUUUCUUCUCUGUGUAAAAAAUGAUUGUGAGUGCAUGAAUUGAAUUUUGAAAAGUAGUUCAUGAUUCUUAUAGAUUAUUAAUCAGGACUAAAGUUUCAUUGGGUUAUCUUCUCAUUUGAAACAGAGCAAGCUUUAUGAAAUGUAUUUGUAUAUUUUGCACUUUGGAAAGUUUUCUUUUUGAGUAGAGUUAUAGUUUGGUUUCAAAUUUCAUCAUCUCAUAGUAUUGUAUUAGAAUUGUUAUUUUGAAGACUUCUAAAGACAUUGAAGCUUAAGAAUUAUGUCUGACACAUUUUAUCCCACCUUUACAAUGGAAAAUUAAAGUCGAGCAAAA